AUGUAUUACAACUCGAGGGGUACCUCAAGAUCUAUUCUUGGGCCGGCAUUAUUUAACAUAUAUAUUAAUGACCUGCCCAAUGUUCGAAAAGAGUCCUCUUUGGAAUUUUAUGUGGAUGAUUCUAAAAUCUAUCUGGCAUUUCCAAUUCAGGAUAUCGAAACUACUGCGUUUAAACUUACACGAGAUAUGGAAAGAAUUACCGCAUGGUGUUGUAUAAAUAGUCUGCUAGUGAAUCCAAAGAAAACGAAACUUCUAUUACUGGGUACAAGUCAAAUGCUGAAAAAACUCUCUGGCACAGAUUUCCAUAUAACUGUUCUUGGUGAGAAAAUAAUCCCACUUCAGACUGUUAAAGAUUUGGGAAUGACUUUGGAUUCAAGUUUGACUUACGAGAAACAUAUUGUCGAUAUCGUCUCAAAAUGUAUCACAGAAUUAUGCCAAAUCAACAGAGUCAAGCAUAUUUUGGACAAACACACUUUAUCCCUUAUUAUAAAUGCAUUGGUCUUCA